UUCAGGCUCGGAUGCCACAGCGAACAUGGCUGCCACGGUCAGGAUGAGGACGUGGAGCUAUGCGACCGGAGGAGUUUUCCACCCGUGGGGAGUCCUGCUCUUAGUGUUGCUCAGCUCCAUACACGCGGCUGUCGCAGCUCCAGAGACCGGAGUGUGGAAGACCACCCUUCUGAAUACCUCAAGACCUCUGCUGUUAAGGAAAUCCAUGUUUAAAGACACUGAUAUUGAAUUGAAAGUUCUGUUGUUUGGCUGUCCAGAGGAAGUGACCUUCACUAUUCACUGGUAUUUAAAAUACUACCCCUGUCACAAUGAAUUCAGCAACAUUGAAGAAAUGUAUGAGAGAACGCCUCUGAGUCGUGGAGAGAGCCUGGAUCCAAAUCCCUUCAUACAAGGAGAGUUCAUCGAGCACAGGUACAGGCCUGUGACAUGUAACAGUGCACUACACUCUUUCCCCAUGCUCAAAAAAGCCAAGGCAGACCCACGUCCAGUUGUUCCACCUGUCGAGGGCAAAGUGCCAGAUGAAAAUGAAACAAAAUUAAUUACUGAGGAGUAUGACAGCAACAGCGCCACAAAGAAUGGCAGUGUAAACCUCAAAGACGACGUCAUAGCCACAACAUGGAAGGAUGGGCCGUACCUGCUGGUUGUUAAGUUUGUGCCCAGUAGGCACGACAUUUACUGGAAUUUAACAGUGAAUGUGGUGAUGAAAGGCAGCCAUGGCUACAUUUCUAUCACCGAGUGGCCUCUCAUGAUUUUCUACAUGGUGAUGUGCAUCGUGUACAUCCUUUACGCCUUGCUGUGGUUUGCCUGGGCAGCGUGCUACUGGAAGGAUAUGCUGAGGAUCCAGUUCUGGAUCGCAGGCGUCAUAUUUCUCGGGAUGGUGGAGAUGGCCGUCUUCUGCGCCGAAUACGAAAACACCAAUGCUUCCGGCUCUGCUUCUUCAGGCUUGUUGAUCUUUGCUGAGCUGGUCUCUGCCCUCAAGAGGACUUUGGCACGAUUGCUAGUCAUCAUCGUCAGUCUUGGCUAUGGAAUUGUAAAGCCUCGACUGGGGACAGUGAUGCACAGGGUUGUGGGGCUUGGUGUCCUCUACUUUGCCUUUGCAAGCAUUGAAGGUGUCCUGAGGAUUACUGGGGGUAGAGACAAUGGCCCUUCUCUCAUCACAGCGAUUGGUCUGGCUGUGUUUGACUCCUGUGCCAUCUGGUUCAUCUUUGUCAGCCUGGCACAAACCAUCAAGACUCUGAAGCUGAGGAGAAACCCUGUCAAGUUGUCUCUCUACAGACACUUUACAAACACACUGAUAUUUGCUGUGAUUGCUUCCAUCAUUUUCAUGGGCUGGACAACAAAAAAGUUUAGGCUUGCAGAUUGUCAGUCUGAUUGGAUCGAGCUGUGGGUGGAAGAUGCUUUCUGGAGGUUCCUGUUCUCCAUCAUUCUGCUUGUCAUUCUGUUUUUAUGGAGACCAUCUGCAAACAACCAAAGGUAUGCCUUCAUGCCUCUCAUUGAUGACUCUGACGAUGAGAUCGAAGAGUUCAUCACCUCUACAAAUCUUGCAGAUGGCAUUAAGUUGAGAGCAACUAAAAAUGAGACAAAUGGCACAGUGAAGCCUCCUGCAGAAACAACCCCAGAGGAUGACUUGAAGUGGGUGGAGGACAACAUUCCCAGCUCUCUUUCUGAUGUAGCUCUACCAAUCCUGCUGGACUCAGACGAGGAAAUCAUGACAACAAAGUAUGAGAUGUCAAAGCUGGAGUGAGACAGAACAUUUCUGGCCUUCAGCUGACACGGAGGGAGAACAGAAGCAGGUGUCGCUGACUCUGCACCAGGGUCUUCGCUUCUUCUUUUCACCUGACUGGUGGUGGUGCAGUGCCAUUUAGCUUUUUCAGGGGAUCCUCCAGGUCGCAAUUCAGGAGGAGCUCUGCUCAUUUCCUCAACUUUUCAAGAACAAAAUAACUGUACCAGAGGAAGAAGGGUCUUUUCACUAACCAACUGGUUCAUUAUUUCCCUAAUAAGAUCAGUUUUGAGGCUUUCUUUCCAAAGAGAAUGUUUCAUUUAGUAUGACAUGUAUUUAUCUCUGUUAUGCGAAUUUAUAUUAUCAGUUGAUUAAGGACCACAUGCAUGGACGUACUUUAAUUUAUAAACAUGAAGUGUCUUUUUGAGGGUAUCUACAUAUUAUUGGUUGGUUGUAAAAAACAUUAAAUAGAAUAGAUACCUAUUUAUGGUGGGGGGAAAUAAUGAAAAGGCCUUUUUCUUAGUAACAACAAUGAUUCAUUGAUUGACUAUUUUCAAAAUUUCAAAAGGAUUCCAAUAACAUUGUCUUUAACACCUGAGACAAGAAAACUUAAAACAUUUAAAUAGAACAUUUGCUCUAAUGCACUUUUGAAGAUCAAAUCUGUGCCUACAUGUUGUUCUUGUCUGGGGCCCUAAUCUGUUCAGGAGUCUGAGAGUAUAUACAAGUGUUGUUCAUGUCUUAGAUUGAAACUUCCCAGCAUCCUCAGUAUUGUUGUGUGAAUGACUGAGAGAAGCACAAACCAGGGAUUUGGUUUGUUUUGAAUCUACUGUAGGUGUGUGUGUGGCCUGGUUCUGUGUCUUCUGAAAUAAGGAGCAAUAUACUGUGUGUAUGUUGAUACAUUUAAUUAUUUAUUGUUUUUUCAAGUGUACUUAUAAGUUGUUAAAAGUGUGGGUUCAACCAAGUGUGUUUACAAUGUGUGUUUCCAUGUUUUCUAAUGACUUGGAUCCUGAACAUUCUCACAAUGAAUUAGGCAGAUGGCAAACUGCAGCCUGUUUCUCAUUUCUUUGCCGUGUUUGCCGAUGAUAUCAUCGUGUUUGUUCAGAGAAACUUCAAUGAAGCUCAUGUUCUUUCAGAUAAGUCUUAACAUGUUUAUUUUUUAUGGUUCUCUUUAAAAAUGGCUGGUGUUUUUGUCGGCAUAGUUUUGGAGUUGGAACACUGUCGUCGUCUUAAUGUUUGUUCUCUCGAGUAAAUGUUCAGUUCAUCUGUCUAGGCAAUCCCAUGUUAUAACACACUAGUUAAAGUGAUGUGGUUAGCACAAGCACAAGCUGAUCAUCCGAAUGAGUUUAUAAUGUCACUUUUUGAAGUUGGAAACAUGGGAAAGUUGUGUUUGCAAUGGCAAGCUGACCUCCUGUUAUAUAAAACUGCAGACACCUGCAGUGGACCUUUGAUUAUUUGUACAGAUGGGUCGUGGCUCAUUCCUGUUAUUUCAUAACUCCAGAGGUGGAGCGGUGUCUGGAUAAUAUGACUUUUUUUAAAUUAUUAUUUUUCUCCAGUGUUAUGAAUACCUGGGCUUAAACUUUUUCAUACCAGCAGUUUUCUUCUCUCUUCCUUCUCAGGAAGUUUGUACACUCCGAUUAAAUAUGAAAUGAAUACAGGAGUGUUUGUUUCCUGAUCUAUGCUUUUCAGUAUUCAUCUGGCAAUAAAAACACACUGCAUAUUUUA